AUCAACAUUUUUCACCAUUUUAUAGACCAAAAGCCGAACACAUUAAUCGUUUUUAUUUACUUUUUAUAGCAGCUAAAUAUCAGCAGCAAAGUUGAUUAAAAAUGUAAUUUUCAAUGAAUUAUCAUCUUUCUUGUGUUUAUUAUUAAUGUGCACAUAAUUAAAGCAACCUCGUGCUAAAUUUAAAAGCUAGAGUAAUAUAAUAAUUAUGCAAUACAUAAUCAGAUUAGUCAACUAAUCAAUUCAAUGGUCAGUGAGUAGUUGUAUCAAAAUAGUUGUUAGUUGCAGCCCUAAUUGGAGUGUCACAUAAGCACUACAGAUAAAUUAAUUUUCAAUAAAUGUAAUCUCUUCAGGGACUGAUGAUGAUGUGGCCAAAUUAAUUCGCCUGAGGAGAGAGAGGGACCACCUCUUCUCAGGCAAAAGGUUUGCCGCGGCAGCCGGAUGGAAAGCUGUACUGAAAGAGAUGGGCUUGGCUGGGAUGGUGAGCCCUGCCCAAGCAGCAAAGAAGUGGGAGAAUCUCAAGAAGACGUACAAGUUAUGACAGAGUCUAUAGGCCGCUCUUCCUCCAUCUCCUCCAUCUCUCUGAGAGAGAUCAGAGCUGAGACUCAUCUAGUCCUUCAAGCUUUCCUCCAUCGGACUGUUUCCCUCCCCCUGACAGAGAGGCCUGGGACUGUAGGAGGGGCCUACAGAGAUCAUAACAAGUACAGUGCUAGCUCCAAGCCACAACCCAAAGCAAAGGAUGGGUGGGAUUCUCAAGCUGAAGAAUGCAAUUCUGCAGAUGAGAAGAACUCUGGAUUCAAGGACUUCAUAAAGCAGCUGCCUCGAUACAACAGCUCACGCCGCUCACUGGACAGGGACAACAAGACAAAACCGUCACACCUCAGAGACCAAAUAGAAGAUGAUGUCGUAUCCCCCUCCUCUACAUCAGAAGACGAGGACAGCGAGAAGAAACAGCAGAAGAAGCUGAGCCGAAAGAAGUUUAAGAAAAAGCUCUCCAAGAUCUUCAAGUUAAAGUUAGAGAAAGAGAAGGACAAAGAGAGGCCUGGAUCUCCUCCUCAGAGACCUACCACACUGUCAAUCGCCAAAGAACCAGAGCCUACCCCGACCCUUGUCUCUCCCAACCAUCCUCCUGAGUUCUAUGAUGAAGUAGCAGAGAAGCUGGAAAAGAUUGCCCAGAGGUCCACCAGUGUAAAGAAACUGAGCCCCACACUAGCAGCGAGUGAGAAAGACGCAGUGGUGCAGCAGCUUGCUCAGGUGCUGUCUUUGGAGGGAGAUUCUAUCAACACUAAGAUCCAGUCAGACCCCUUUCUACGCUCCAGCUUGACUCGUCUUUCCUAUGCAUCGUUUGCCAAGCUUCUAGACACUUUCAACAGUAUUCAGGUAUCUGGGGCUCCAACCCUGCCGCCAACGGCUAGUCCAACACUAAGACGCAUGGCUGUCACCAUGGAGGUAUCACGGAGGAUAGUGACAGCCACAGGCACCCAGCGCAUGCAAGGCUACGCAGAGUGCUACAUGGAGACAUUUGCUCCCUGGGUCAAGAGCCAUGGAGGAUGGGAGAAUGUGGUACAUUUGGAGGACCCUGCAGAGUACGACUGACUUCUCACAGCUCUCAGGUGUCUUUUUAUUCCAAAUAAUCACUGGCCAACACUGAGCUCUGGAUGGUGUCAUCAAAGUGAAGAGAGGCAGAUGGACAAGAUUUCUCACAGAGUCUCAUCUGGACUGUGACAAGAUUCCAAAAACCUCUUUGAUUGAUGUUAAUCUGGGAUUUAGGCAUCAGAAAGUUACUGUUUUUCCACGGUCAGAAGAAGGAGCUAUGUAUAGAUACUUUUAUGAAGGAUUUGUCAGUCAGUUUGAAAGUGAUAGCAGGCUGUAAUGGUGUUUUGACUUGGUUAAUGGGUGGUUUACAUUUGGAUCAUGAGUUAAGCCUUUCAAACAAGCACUUUAUUCUCUGACUCUGCUCAAUGAGAUAAUCCCAUUGUUAAAGCUGCAGUUUCCGUUAUCUCAGGUCCCUCUAAAAAAACUUUUUACUUAUACUGUGUUCUUUUUUAUUCUUUGCAUUUUCAUGUCAGUUCUGUUUACACUGCAGUCCUCACUGUUGCUAUCUGUCAUUCCUGUCCUUGGGAGGGAGCAAACAGUCAUGCUCUCCCUAACACACACAGUCACAUGCUGCUUCUUUUUGCUUGCUAACAAGCAACGUUACUCAGAGUGUAACGCUCAACAAUGUUUAUUAAUUUAAAACAGUUUAAAACAUGGAUUAACUGAUUCAUAAAAUCAUAGAGUUGUAAAACUAUAAAUCAUAAAAUCAAGUAAGAAUUUAAAAGACUUGCAGCAGCAUGAAGCGUAAAUAGAAAGUAAAAGCAUAAAGAGUUUCAGACCUGUAUCAGGAAAGUCAAAGUUAGUUAAAAACUAAAGUGAACAGAUUGUUUUUAGCUUUCUUUUAAAAUAUUUCGCAAGCUAGCGUCCCAAAUAUCUAUAGUAGUUCGUUUCAAAAAUUUGGGGUGUAAUGGGGCGCAGAUGAUCACAGUGUUCUGUGAUCACAGAGACAAUUAGUUAACAAGGGAGUUAGCAAUGUAGCUUAGUCCUGGCCCAUGUAGGGCUUUGUAUACAAGGAGGAGGACCUUAAAAUCAAUUCUAAAUGUAACAGGAAGCCAGUGCAGAGCAGCUAAGACUAACCUGAUGUGCUUUCUCCUCUUGGUUCAAGUUAAUAGGUGAGCUGCAGAGUUUUGAAUGAGCUGAAGUCUCUAGUGCAACACACACCGCCGCCGGCGCGGCGCUGUGGCCGUCAAGUGCCGCCCCCCAACACACACUGGCAGCGGCGCGCAGUGGCACCGUCGACGUGUAUUUCCCACCCCAGCCCGCUAGGUGGCUGUACCUACACUAGUCGCCAACGGUUGCCAACUGCUAGUAACGGAAGCUAGAAGAGGAAAAACUUUGAGGCAACAACAACUUGGAUUUCACGGGUGAGUUUCUUAUCAAAGUCGUCUUAUUAAAAUUUUGAAACAACCGGAGUUGAUACUACGGCGGCCGAGACGUACUUAAAAGGAUUUUCUCGCAGUGCCGCCAUGAGUGCCGGCUGCGCUGGAAAUAGAGCAGUGGGCUGAAGCAGAGUGGCGCGGCGCGUCAGCCGGCGCCAGUGUGGGUUGGUUCAUAGAAUAGAAUGAAGGCGGGCGUUUUGACGCGGUGUGUGUUGCACUUCUCAGUGGUGUUUUUUGGGAGGCCAGUAAAAAGUGUGUUACAGUAGUAAAGUCGGCUUUAAAUCAAGGCCUGAAUCAAUUUCUCAGCAUCUUUUUCAUUUAGAAAAAAUUAUGAUUUUGUCACCUUGUUAAAGGGCCAGUGUGUAAUAUCUGGCAUGGUUUAUUGUCAAAUCUGAAUCUGAAUCUGAAUAUUCUACCCAUUAAUAUGUUUAUAUAAGUGUAUAAUCGCUAUAAAAUAAAAUUUGUUUGGUUUUCGUAGCCUUAUAA